AUGGAUAUGUACGGAAGAAAGAGACGGGCUUGGGCGGAGAGAAGCGUUUUGAGCGGAUUGGGACUGGCAGAUCUCCCUCUUGCUUCCCCUUCCAUAUUUCGCCAUCUCAUUUUCCUAGUUGCAACUCCGAUAGCGCGGACGACAGCUGCUCCGAUCCAAGAAGGAGAUUACUUAAGCACGUGUACAUCACGUUGCCUCUCCGUGUCGGCUCAACUUCAGCCUCGUCAUCUCAACCGGUAUGUUUCAGUAGUUUCAUUUCCCGGUUCUGUUGUAAAUGUUUCAUCUUGA